CCAACGCCACCUGGAACAGCAUCCACAACGGGGUCAUCGCUGUCUUCCAGCGCAAGGGGCUGCCCGACCAUGAACUUUUCAGCCUCAACGAAGGUGUCCGUUCCUCUUUCGCGCUUCCUCAUGUCUAUGAAGUGUCACGUGAGGUUUUCGCAAGGAGGAUGAGGACCGAAGCUUUGCUGUCCGCGCAGAAGGAUGACACGGGCCGGUCACAGACUGUCUUUCAAAGGAGUGACGGGAUCGGCUGCCAAUCCUGUGCCCCUCUGUUAUCCAUGUGAGGACCUGUGGGCUGGAGAGCCGGCAGCAGAGAUCGUGGUUUGUGGAACUGCCCACAGUUCUUACGCCUGAUAAAUGAAAUUUGAGCCAUGUUGUUGGGAGGCUGGCAAAUCAUGGUAACUACCAGAGCCAUGCAGAAGACCGCCUGUAAUCCAGGGUCCGUUCCUGAUGGAGGCUUUUGAUACAGAACAUAAAGAACGCGAGGAACGCCCGAGCCUUUUGGGUCUGCGGUCAGUCUGGAAUAUGACAGCCACCAUUCCAUCUGCCCCUGGUGGUGCGCAGGACAAGGAAAUGUCCACACGAAUACCAAGGACAAGGGCCAGGUCCUAACUCGGUGCGUCCUGUGUGGCCAUGGACAGGUCACUUGACCUCUCUGAGCCUGUCUUGCCUCACCUGCGGAAGCUGCAGGCAACACCUGCAGGAGGAAAACAGCUGCUGAAGACAGAGCUGGGGUCCUUCUUCACAGAGUACCUGCAGAACCAGCUGCUGACAAAGGGCAUGGUGAUCCUGCGGGACAAGAUCCGCUUCUACGAGGGACAGAAGCUGCUGGACUCGCUGGCAGAGACAUGGGAUUUCUUCUUCAGCGACGUGCUGCCCACGCUGCAGGCCAUCUUCUACCCAGUGCAGGGCAAGGAGCCGUCGGUGCGCCAGCUGGCCCUGCUGCACUUCCGGAAUGCCAUCACGCUCAGCGUGAAGCUAGAGGAGGCCCUGGCCCGCACCCACGCCCGUGUGCCCCCCGCCAUUGUACAGAUGCUGCUGGUACUGCAGGGGGUGCAUGAGUCCCGGGGCGCGACCAAGGACUACCUGCGCCUGGAGACGCUGAUCCCGAAGGUGGUGUCGCCCUAUCUGGGCACCUACGGCCUCUACUCCAGCGAGGGCCCCUUCACACACUCCUGCAUCCUAGAGAAGCACUUCCUGCGCCGCUCCCGCCCUGGGGACGUCCUGGCCAAGAACCCGGUGGUGCGUUCCAGGAGCUACAACACGCCGCUGCUGAACCCUGUGGCGGAGCAUGAGGCAGAGGGCGCGGCAGGCGGCGGCACCGGCAUCCGAAGGCACUCGGUCUCUGAGAUGACAUCGUGCUCGGAGCCCCAGGCCUUUGCCGACACACCCAGCCAGGGGCCCACCGGGGCCUUCAAACCCUCCCCGGCCCCCAAGUUGGGGCCCUGCCCCAGCAGACUGUACCCCCCAGCCCAGUCCCCAGAGCCCGGCCCGGCCUACAGCUCCCCACCCUCCUCCAGCCCUGAGAACCUGGUGGACCAGAUCCUGGAAUCCGUGGACUCGGAUUCCGAAGGGAUCUUCAUUGACUUUGGCCAGGGCAGAGGCUCCGGCACAUCUGAGCUCGAGGAGGCAGGGGGCCAGCAGAGCGUCGUGUGAGGGCCUCACUUUUUUACUGAGCCUGCAGGAAUUUUUCUACUCUGUACCGUCCAGUCCCUUGGUGGUCACAGCCACUUUGGCCUUCCUGACUGUUGGAGAAAGCGUCGCCGCCCCAGGCCCCAGCACCUCUCCACUCUGGGGCGUGCGUCGGCUGCUCCGCCUGCCUCAUGCUGGUCAGCAGGUGCCCGGGUCAGCUGUGUGUGUGUGGACCAAGCAUGGCCACUCACUCCACCCCCAGCCUGCCCAGCCCUCCAACAUCCACCCCCACCGAGACUGAACCCGUGCCUCGGCCAAGCCCCACAGCCACAGGGGUCAGUAGCAGACUCGCCUUUCCGUCCCCGGUCACCUCGGGCCAGCAUGGCCUCCUGUGCGUGACUGUCCCAGACCCUCUGAGCACCCUGUCCUCACUCUGGAGUGGCCAUGGGCAGGAAGAGGGUGGAAUAAAGCUUGUCUUCCCACUC